CAUAGUUUUUGUGAUUUGAUUACGUUUUGUGUUACGUACAAAAUAACACACACGACGAGGCAGAAUGAUGUAGUCUUUUAUUGCAUACAAAAAAUGUUGACAAAAAAAAAACAAGCAAGCGUCAAUGGAAUGGAGAUUUGUUGUUGAUUGAUUAAUGUAGUUUUUUAAAGUAGACUAUUGCUUUACGUUACUGUAAUUUCACAAUUAUGGAUGCUGAAAGUAUUUCCACGCUGUCGGCCUUGAAGUUUAUCUGUGGCGAUAGCCCUCACAUUUGUAGGUUAUGUUUUGCAUCUACAGAAAAUGAAGAGGUGUCUAUUCAUGAUACUAUCAGGGUACAGAGAUCGUACUUUGACGCUUCGGUGUGCUUUUUGGACAUGUUCGAAGACCUGGGUGUUACCGUGGAGGAUCUUCUACCGCAAGUUCUGUGUAUGGACUGCGCUACCACCUUCAUCAAUAGUUAUUUAUUUAAAAAGUUGUGCCAAUACUCCAAUGAAAAAUGGCAAGAUGCCCUUCAACGGCUCGAGGAAAGCCUCACUCAUUCUGAACUCAUCAACCCCAACAUGAAAUCAGCUUACAUUAUAGUAAACAAAAAUGAGAAUCUUAUAUUUACAAGUCGCAAGAGUUACACAGCGAAGAGUAAAACUGCUGCUGUCACCAAAAUUAAAAACAUAAUGAACAGUAAAAAAUCCUAUGCACUAAAGAAGAAAACUAAGAAUAAGAUCUGUGAUGAAUGUGGGGACAGUUUUCACUCUAAUUUACGUUUAGCAAACCAUAUGAAGAGUCACAACAAGACUGUAGCUAGUAACACAAGAAUCCCUUGUCCACAGUGUGCUAAAUACUUUGCCACCAAGAUGCAAGUAGAUGACCACAUGGAAAGAAUCCAUUACCCUAAAACAGUUCAGUGUAGUAAAUGUCCUAAAAUGUUUAGCACUGAGAGAAUGCUAAGACGCCAUGAAAAGUUUAGCCACAUAGCUGCUAUUUGUAAAUUGUGUUUUGUACAAUUCCCUUCUAAAGUCGCCCUCAAAGCUCAUUUAGACAAACAUGAUGUGAACUCUUGUGAACGGUGCCAUAAAACAUUUUUGAACAAACACACAUUUAAAAUGCAUUUGAAAAUUUGUGGCAAUCCCUAUACAAGACAACCAAUCUACUUUUGUGAUAUUUGUAGCAGGGGUUACGCAAGGAAGAACAGUUUGCGUACACAUUUAAAGACUGACCACGGCUUUGGGAGUGUAUUGACUUGUAGUUGGUGUAAUAAGAAGUUUGAUGCUAUCAGUAGAUUGAGGAAUCACAUAGUUAAACAUACCAAAGAAAAGAAUUUCAGCUGUGAGCAAUGUGGUGGCAAGUUUGUGACCCAAGCUGCACUAAUAUACCACAUUCGACUGCAUACAGGGGAGAGACCGUUCCCAUGUGACUUAUGUGAUGAAAGCUUCCUCUCAGCAUCUAGAAGGAUGGAGCAUAAGAGAAGGAAACAUUUUGAACCCAGCAAGGAGUGCCCACUGUGUCACGUGAAGUUUGUCACCGGCAAUCAGUUGAAGAAACAUGUGCAGAGACAUUACAAUCCACAAAGCAAACUGUAUAGACCAAAAGAAGUUAUGCCUCAGGUGGUUGAUGAUAUUUUUAACUUAUAAUAUGCAGUGUAAUAUUAUCAUAAUUAUGGAAGAGAUAGUUACUCCAAGAACAAUAAAACAAUUUUAAUAAAAAUAUUUAUUUACAAUAAAACACAUACACA